AGCUUAUAAGAGCGUGACCUUCCUCUCACGGUGAGAUCUUCAUCAUCAUCAUACAGACAGCAGCAUGGCGGGACGGGACCGAGUGGCUCACCUGCUCCGGCAGCUCGCGACAGCGGCAUGCAGAUGUCCGGCUCACUCCAACACUUAUCACCAAGGUGCAGCAGCAGAGACUUGCACCGUCCGCAGCACCGACUACGCCUUCGAGAUGGCGAGCUCUAACAUCAGAUAUGGAGAAGGAGUCAGCAGAGAGAUCGGCAUGGACCUGCAGAACCUGGGAGCUCGUAACGUGUGCCUGAUGACCGAUAAGAACUUGUCUGGUCUGCCGCCGGUGAAGUCGGUCCUGGAGUCUCUGGUCAGGAACGGAGUCAACUUCAAAGUUUACGACAACGUUCGCGUAGAGCCGACAGACAGCAGUUUUAAGGAAGCGAUCUCGUUUGCUAAGAAGGAAGCGUUCGACGUGUUCGUGGCGGUGGGCGGCGGCUCUGUGAUCGACACCUGUAAAGCAGCCAAUCUGUACGCGUGUCACCCCGACGCAGACUUCCUGGACUUCGUCAACGCUCCGAUCGGGAAAGGGAAGCCGAUCACUGGAGCGCUGAAGCCGCUCAUCGCAGUUCCUACGACAGCAGGAACCGGCAGCGAGACCACCGGAGUCGCCAUCUUUGACUACGAACCUCUGAGAGCAAAGACAGGUAUCGCCAGCAGAGCCAUCAGACCCACGCUGGGCAUCGUGGAUCCUGUUCACACGCUGAGCAUGCCGGCUAGAGUCGCUGCUAACAGCGGCUUCGACGUGCUGUGUCACGCUCUGGAGUCGUACACCGCGCUGCCGUACAACGAGCGCAGCCCCUGCCCCCCCAACCCCAUCAACCGGCCCGCCUACCAGGGCAGCAACCCAAUCAGUGACGUCUGGUCCCGUCACGCGCUCAACGUGGUCGCCAAGUACAUGAAACGAGCGGUGCGGGAUCCUGAGGAUAUGGAGGCUCGGUCCAGCAUGCAUCUGGCCAGCGUGUUCGCCGGCAUCGGCUUCGGAAACGCUGGAGUUCAUCUGUGUCAUGGGAUGUCGUAUCCAAUCGCUGGGAACGUGAAGACUCACACAGCUGAGGGUUACAGCGUGGAUCACCCUCUGGUGCCUCAUGGUCUCUCAGUCGUCCUCACGUCUCCGGCCGUCUUCAACUUCACAGCUCCGAUGUGUCCCGAGCGUCACCUGGACGCUGCUGAGAUCCUCGGUGCAGACAUCCGGCAGGUGAAGAAGGCGGAUGCCGGCGCCGUCCUGGCCGACACGCUGCGUCACUUCCUGUUUGACCUGAAGGUGGAAGACGGACUGGAAGCUGUCGGCUACAGCAAGGACGACAUUCCUGCUCUGGUGAAGGGAACCAUCCCUCAGGAGCGAGUGACCAAGCUGUCUCCCAGAGAGCACACGGAGGAGGACCUGAGCCAGCUGUUUGAAGCCUCCAUGAAGCUCUACUGAUUUUAAUAUGAACACUAAACACUUUUAAAUGUGAGCUGAUCUGUGGUCUGUUCUGUGAUGAGCUGCAGUUCCUCUAACAGCCACUAGAUGUCGCUGCUUCUCUUUCUCACGCCAGCAUCAUGAGUCCGUCCUCACUUUGUGAUUUUAGAGGAAAUAAAAACAUAUUUACAUGUUGA